CAAUCAGCUAAACUUCCAGGGAGUUUUUUUCUCUUUUCAUUUUAUCAAACAAAUUUUCACUUGGCGACGGAAAUUCAAUAAAACAACACAAAAGGACGAUGGCAGGAUUAAUUUCCUGUGAAUUUGAAGUCUUUGGGAUUGUUCAAGGUGUCUUCUUCCGGAAGCACACCCAGCAGCAGGCUAAAGAGCUGGGACUACGGGGCUGGUGCAUGAAUACAAAUGACGGGACAGUAAAGGGUGUAAUGGAAGGAUCUCCUGAUCAACUAAGAAAAAUGAAAGACUGGCUUCAGCACAAAGGGAGCCCCAUGAGCAAGAUCGAUAAAGCUGUCUUUAGUGGGGAGAAAUCCAUCCCUGAGCAUACUUUUCCCAAAUUUUCCGUCAAGCAUUGAGCAAUUCAUUAUAAAUCAUUAAAAAUUACUCACCCUGUAGAAGGAAACAGGAACAAGCAAUUGUUCCAAUUUGCUGGCUUCCCAUUUAAUGAGAUUCUCCGGAAGUAAUCCCUCCGCCUUCAAUCUACUCAUUGCCUCAUAUGUCACCUUGAAAUAAAAUGAAUUUUAAUUAAAUUCUGAGAGAAAUUC